GCCGGGGAGCGCCGCGGCGCCGCACAUGCUCACUGGCCGCGGAGGCGCCGCCGGAGGUAGGGGCUCGCCGGAGGAGCCGCGCUGUCGCUACGGCCGGGCCGCGGCAUGGCCCGCCCGUUCCGGGGCCGCCGCCGCCGCCGCUGAGCGCGGGGGGAUCGCAGCGUCCGGCGACUGAAGAUUUCUCUGAAGCAUAAUCUUCAAGAUGAAGUUCUUACUAGCAAUUUUAUGUUUCAUCUCAUUCUCCUUAUGGGUUGAAGAAGUCUAUUCCAAAGAGAAGUCUUCAAAGAAAGGAAAAGGGAAAAAGAAGCAGUAUCUAUGUCCAUCGCAGCAAUCAGCUGAAGACCUUGCAAGAGUACCUGCUAAUUCUACCAGCAAUAUCUUGAAUAGACUAUUGCUCAGCUAUGAUCCCAGGAUAAGGCCUAAUUUCAAAGGAAUUCCAGUUGAUGUUGCGGUUAACAUCUUCAUUAACAGCUUUGGAUCAAUUCAAGAGACAACUAUGGAUUAUAGAGUCAACAUCUUUCUAAGACAGAAAUGGAAUGACCCCAGACUCAAACUGCCCAAUGACUGGAGAGGUUCAGAUACAUUAACAGUGGACCCAACUAUGUUUAAGUGUCUUUGGAAGCCAGACUUAUUCUUUGCAAAUGAAAAAAAUGCUAACUUCCAUGAUGUCACACAAGAAAAUAUCCUUCUUUUUAUAUUUCGGGAUGGAGACGUCCUAGUCAGCAUGAGAUUGUCUAUUACGCUGUCAUGCCCUUUGGACUUGACUUUAUUUCCUAUGGAUACACAGCGCUGCAAGAUGCAAUUGGAAAGCUUUGGUUACACAACUGAUGACUUACGGUUUAUCUGGCAGUCUGGAGAUCCUGUACAGCUAGAGAAAAUUGCUCUGCCUCAGUUUGAUAUUAAAAAGGAGGAUAUUGAAUAUGGUAACUGUACCAAGUAUUACAAAGGCACAGGUUAUUACACUUGUGUAGAAGUAAUCUUCACUUUAAGAAGACAAGUUGGAUUUUACAUGAUGGGUGUUUAUGCUCCUACACUGCUAAUUGUUGUUCUAUCCUGGCUGUCAUUUUGGAUCAAUCCUGAUGCAAGUGCUGCAAGAGUCCCACUGGGUAUUUUCUCAGUGCUCAGCUUGGCAUCUGAAUGUACCACUCUUGCAGCUGAACUUCCCAAAGUGUCUUACGUGAAGGCCUUAGAUGUCUGGCUCAUUGUUUGCCUUCUCUUUGGGUUUGCAUCCCUGGUGGAAUAUGCUGUGGUUCAGGUAAUGCUAAACAAUCCAAAGAGAAUUGAAGCUGAAAAAGCAAAGAUUGCCAAGGCAGAGCAAGUGGAAGGGAAGGGUGGAAAUGCUGCCAAGAAAAACACUGUGAAUGGCACAGGGACUCCUGUUCACAUCAGCACUUUACAGGUUGGUGAGACCAGAUGCAAAAAGGUUUGCACAUCGAAAUCUGAUCUGAGAUCCAAUGAUUUCAGCAUUGUUGGAAGCUUGCCAAGGGAUUUUGAAUUAUCAAAUUAUGACUGUUACGGGAAGCCCAUUGAAGUCAACAAUGGGCUCGGGAAAUCUCAAGCCAAGAACAACAAGAAGCCUCCUCCUCCCAAGCCUGUCAUUCCAUCAGCAGCAAAGAGAAUCGAUCUUUAUGCAAGAGCACUCUUUCCUUUUUGCUUCUUGUUCUUCAACGUCAUAUACUGGUCCAUAUAUUUAUGAUAAAUCUUUUUUUUUUCAUGUGUGUAAAAUAUAGCCCAUUUCAUUAUCCCUUCCCAGUCAUGAAGGCCACUGUGUGAAAUUAGUUGCAUUUGCAAAGCAAUAUGUUGCAUCUUGAUGCCGUGCGAUUGUACUGAACAUACGGCAUCUGAAAUUUGAAUGAAAGCAUGACACUGCAAUAUCUGUGCUCUGACCAACUUUGUAUAUAAAUGUACAGCAUACAUCCUGCUUUAGGAAUAUAUAUGAAGGACAAUGCCUACUACAUUAUAAAGCUGAAAAACACUCUUCAGUUAUUAGUAACAUACAGAAAUUUAAAGUCUUUCUGACAAUGAAACAGAUGUGCACGUUGAGUAUUAUUAAAUCAGUAUUCUAGUAUAUGUAGUAUUUAACAGCUUUUCUGAUGACUUCCAGAGGAAAAGUAAACACCCACCAAACAUCUUUUUAUUGUAUGAUUUCAGCUGGCACUGUUAAAGAAAAAGCUAAGGUGUAAUUAUUACUAUUUAGACUUUGUAAGUGAGGGCAGCGUCAAGUAAGGAGAUCUUGUCUAUGUGGCAAAAUAAACAUCAGAGAACUACUAAUUUUGUAAAAUCAGCUCAUUUAGGAAAAAAACCUAACAACUGUGUCCAUGAAGCAGGCACAGUUAAGUGUGUUUGAAUAUCCUGGCAAUAAAACAUUGGGGCAAAUUUUAACUGCUGUUUCUUUAGGCACUAGAAACAGUAGUAUCUAGUUUCUAGUAGUUUCUAGUUAAGAAGCUAGAUACAGUGCAGAAAAAACAAAAGGCCACUUUCUGGACUUAAGGUAUCAGGAGUUUUGGAGAGGCAUCUCAAGAUGCAGCUCAGUAUCAGGUUUGUUAUACAUUUUUACAUUACUUUUUCCUAUGGCUCAACUUCCAUAGCAUCUGGCCUGCAGUAUGUAAGUCGCAAGUUUUUUGUUGUUGCAUUGGACAUUUCUUUCUUGAUUUGCUUUUUUUUAUUCCCUUGAAAGUUUUCAUUUUAAACAAACCAGUUGUCAAGACAAAAUUGCAUUUUCACCAAUAAUGAUACCUUUUCUGUUUGCGUGCUACCUAGCACAUAGCCACCAGUAGGAGUGAAAACAUGUCCUAAGGUCUAAGAAGCUGAGACUCUCAUGAGCCCUGAUGUGCCUGUAUGUUAAUUAACGGCUGCCCUCACCGACCCAUUGAUUUCGCUGCUACAUUUUGGAGAAUAAGGUUCUAUGCAUGAAAUAGUUCUGAUAGGAAGCUGCUUUCCAUUUUCCAGAGGAAGCUCUGUGGUGUGGAGACUACCUUAACAUGAGCUCCUUGGUGUGCAUAGGGCAGGAGCUGUGGUCUCCUAUGGAUGCCAGGGUACAUCCCUUCAUAAGGGCAAGUCAUGAGAAGAAAUGCAGCCAAAAAAAUCUGGAUGUAGGUAGGCAUGUGAGUAGGGCAUGUCUCCUGAGAAAAGGGACUUGGCCUCAGCCCAUGAGAGUGUGCCAUACACAUCUCUGCUGGUAGAGAUGGGGCACCACAACUAGUCUCAAUAUGAAAAUAAGGUGCCUCUCACUAACUUUGCAAUUCAUAAAGGGAAAACUGGACUGUUGGCCCCUCAUAGGCUAGGAAGGGACUGGUUUAAAUACAUGAAACCUUCCUUAGUGUAGAAACAAACAAUCCCACUUGUUGUGCUACACUUCUGGCAUGUCCAGGAUGUGUUGAGCUAAUGCAGGCCACAAUGUUGGAUCACUUGGGAGUUGCCCACAACAAGUUGUCCACAUACGGCAAUCCUACUCAGCCAGAAGGUCAAAAGUGGGAAUGUAAGAAGAGGAAUGGGACACCACAAUGGCAUCACUGGACAUCUGGUAAACCUGCACACUCAGAUCUUUUUCAAACCACUGCCACUUUGGGAUCAACAGGCUGGCUUCAGUGACUCAUGUUUGGGUUGAAGAGAUCUGCUCUUCACAGUAUGGUCCCAUUCCACCAGCUUCCUGGCCACUGUCUCAUGGAGGUUUCAGGCAGCCACUCUAGCAAGUGGUCACAGUUUGUCCUUUGGAUUUCUUUCUGAUCCAAAGCAAUGGAAGGCAAGACAUUAUUGAGCUGUGUUGAAUGAGGGCUGAAAGAAAUUAUAUCUUUAAGGUCUAGUUCAAGGUUUUAAUAUUUCUAUUAGUUGAAGGCAAUUCCAAAAUUGUCAGAGACCUUAAGAAGCAAUAAGGAUAAAUGAAAUGAAAGAGAGGAAGGACAGGAGGGGGAAUUUUUAUACAUACAGAAUGGUAUAUUUAUAGACAUUAUUUAUUCUCAUACUUGUAUUUUUUAUUAGAGUACUGGAAGGCAAAAAAAUAAUUACCUUGUGUUGGAAAUUAUAUGAAUUUUUGAAGAUAAUUUUCUUGUUAGAACUCUUAUUAAAUGAUUUAUCUGUAAUUAAUGUCCACAUUCUAUCUGUAAAAUCUCAAUUAUAGAUUUUAUUGUUAAAUUAAUCUUUGUUCCUUCUUGCUUUCCUGCUUACUUGAUGGCUUUUGUGUUUUAUUAUAAAACACUUAAUCAAUAAUACACUGUAAUUGCUUUCCAACUCACACAAAGGAAAGCAAACGGAAUACAUGUUGUUCAGAUAAAGGUUUUUUGUUCAUUACAGCACAAAAACUAAGGCCAGAAGAGAAGUUUAACAGCAGAUUUGAAACUAAAUUUAAAAUGAAACCAAGCAUCAGCUAUAAAGUAUUAACUUUCUUUUUACUUACACUAGAUAAUAUUGCAGUAUUUGUAUUACCUUGGAAUAUGUUAGCUUGUCCUACUGAGCAGUAAUAAUUGAUUUAUUUUAUUUUUCUUCUUUCUACUAAAGGUCAUCAAGAGUUUUGCAUACCAUCUCACAUUAUGGUCCACCAGCACCCUCUAGUUGUAAAAUUCAGCCUGUUGACUGAUUUCCAGAAUAAGGUGCAAAUAUAAAACUGUAUAGGCAAAAUAAAAUACUAAUUGCUAAUUAUAAUAUGAAAGAAAAAUAUUAUUAAAUUAAAAUAAAUGGGCACAAAAAUAAAUAUACUGUAGAAAAAAUUUCCAGCUAUAGAAAUUUUCCAUAGAGUUAAAAUUUUAAAGUACGGAAAUGAAGACAUUCAAGUAGUAACAAAGGUGAGGUUCAUUAAAUGCAGCUUAGUAACUUGGUUAACUAGUCAUGGUUUCUAAACAAACCACAUGACAGCAAAAUCUGUUUUUGUGGAAGAGCCCAUCUGUGCUUCAUCUGACAUUUACUUCAAGUUCUGCUCUAAGUGGUAGGAGAUUUACCAAUUUUUGUUCUACCCUUAAGAUAAACUUUGGUAUUUUCUUGGUUCUUUAACAUUGAGGGGUAGUAUUCAAGAUGCUAAUUCUGUUCUUUUAUUGUAUCAUCACCUUUAGAUAUUUUUCUACAUUUUUUUCAGGAUUUUAGAACACAUUCAAACACUACAUCAGGAAUUUUCUUGGAGAUUAUUUAAUUCAUUUCUCAACUGCUUCUACAAAUUUAAGGUAGGCAAUAAGUAAGGAUGUAAUUUGAAAAGUGUAUCAGUGUUAUACGUUAAUUCAUUGUAGUACACGGCUCAUGUUUGAUAUACAGUUUUGGGAGCAGUUCUUGAGUAUGCAAUGGCUCCUCCUCUUUUCUUCACUUAGUUCUAGUUGAGAUGUUGUAUGUGAGCAGUUGGUCUUUUGAGAAAAGGAGGUUUUUUUUGUAAAUGCAGUGUAAAGAAGAUUAACCAUUUGGUCAAGCAGCAUUCAUUCUUCAAAGUCUUCAGAUUAAUUUGGACUUGUUAACAGGGUAAAGGAAGAUGUCUUUGGUGCCCUAUUACCCAUUAAAGAGAAAGCAGUAACACUGCCUUCUGGGUUGGUGUCAAUGGGCAACCACCACAGCAAUUGAUCUGGCUGUAUAAUCUUUUAAAGGAAAUGCACUUUAUUUAAAAAUAUUUUGCUCUGAAGAGAGACAAUACCUUACUUAAGCAGUCUGUUAUAGCUGUUAAGGGAACCUCUUAAGAGAUGUUAUAAUGCAGUUAUAAUACAUACCAAGGUCUCUGCCUCAACUAAAGCAGCUUAUCCUUAUGAUUACUGGGGGAUUGCGAUGGGGGUGUUUAUAGAAUAGGUAGCAUUGAAUUAUUUAUUUCCAAGGGAGCUCAACCUGAAUAUAUGCAGUGUCAAGUGAUUUUUCAGGCUAUUGAGAUAUCAUAGUGCUACAAUGAGUACAAAUGAGGUGUCUAGCAGAUAAGGGAAUGUGAGGACACUGUUACUUGAUGCCUUUGUGCACUAAUUCUAGAAGUAGAGAAGGUAAUGUGGAAAGAAAUUAAAAUACAGAUAAAUUGAAUAAUAGUUUUGUUCAUGUAAGCUCUUUAAUUUGUGUCUAGAAAUUUGCUUUUUAUAUAAAUUACUUACCUUCUUUUUAUAUUAAUAUAAGGAUUUCAUAAAAAACCAGGAAAAUUAAGCUUAUCUGUGGUGCCCAAAAGAUAAGGAAAUGAAUUCUUUUCUUGUGAAGAUUACACCUAAGUAAACAGUGGAUUAAAAAGAAAAACUUGAGACAUAAAUUCCUCAUUUUUCUGUGUCAUUGUAUCAAAUCAGCCACAAGCAAUCUGGGCUGCUUGCAGCACUCUCUUGCCUUUUCCCUUACUCAAGAAAGUUGCCCACCCCUGUAGUCCCCCUGCACCUGUCCUUCUUCCAUCAGCAGGAAUGGUGUCAGCAGACAUUUAAAAUAAAGAUUACCUGGCUAUUUUGAAAUCUCUCUGAAAGUCCUUCAUUGCUAUGAGUAUGUCUAUGCUGCAGUCACUAAAAUGUCUGCAGCUAGUGCAGGCUUAUCCAAAUUAGCCUUAAACUGGCUGUUUUGAGGAGGACUGGAAACAUCACCAUGGUGACAGUGAGCUGUGGCUGGGAAACCUACCUGCUGGCUAGGGCAGGAAAAAAUAUCCCUGGAGUUCACCCCACAAAGCUUUGUGCUGCCUUGGCUGCUGUGCUUAAGCACUUGGUUUAAAGUUAGCUCGUGUGGGUGUUUGUCAGCCCGUGCCUGUGAACUGUGGGUGUGCACUGGGUGAUGCACUGUGUGCUAGCACAGAAAGAUCCUUCCUACGGCUGAUGGAAAAGACGGCAGCCUAAAAUAUUCUCUCCACAGCUCUUGAUCACCUACAGGAUUUCUGACAUUUUUAAUUUUGUGCACUGACAGCAGCGUUUGGUGGCAGUGACAAAAAAAUGCCAGUUUGCUUUUUUCCUUAACCAAUGCACGUGUAAAUGAGUGAGCUGGAUUCGCCCACCUGAGCAUGAGCAAGGUUUCCUCCUGAGUCUAGGCCAUCAUAUCCCUCUUAUGAGCCAUUCUGUCUAAAGUCCCUACCUCUGGCAGUGGAUAUUGGAUCACAAUCUUUUGAAUUAAUUAUGACACUUAAAAAACUAGUGAGACUAACAGGAAUGAGACUGUAAAAAUAUUUUUGACAUCUUGGUUGUCCAUGCAGGUCAACUCUAAUUUUGGGGGGCACUGAUUGCUUUUCAGCAUGGGAUUUCUCAACAUGUUCUGGAAACCAGCAUCCACUGACUCCCUCCUAGCAGGGGAAGUAUUUGAAGGGCCUUCAAGUUUAUAAGUCAACUCAUCUUUUGAGUAUUGAGAUAAAUCCAAGGCUGCCUGGCAUGAUUAGUUGUGUUAAGCACGUCUUUUAGUACAAGAAAAUUAAUGUCCUUUCAUCUUACUGCAUGAAAAUAGAUUUUACUGUAUCAGAGACCAACCAAUAAGACAACAUGGAGUAACAUCUUAUUACUAAGGAUUUUUGUCCCAUCAGGCAGCUACUUAGGCCACUUAAUGUGCUUUGACAGGAAGAAAUAUGAGGAUUGUGGAGUAUAAAGGAUAAGGUAUUGUAUAACUGUUUUCCACCUGAUGAGUUCUUCGGGCUGUGGCAGUGGGAAGUGUGGGGUUUUUCACAUCUAUCUGUGUCAGUCUGUUUCUUUCUAUGAAUAUUCACAGUGGGAGUAAUUCUUUUACUUGAAGAAGCAAACUCAAGAGGUUUUUGGGCCAAGGAAUCCUCCUGAGUAUAGUAGGUCAAGCUGUUGUACUGUUGCCCUCUGCAAAAACCUUUCAGCUCAGGGGAUACCGUCUCCAGCAGCAUAAACUGCAAGAAAAACCUCUGCUGAAACUGCAGCUGCUUCUGAGAGCAAAGUCUGUGUGUAGGCAGCCCCUGUGCUUCCACCUUCUUUUUCUGUUGCAUACAUCAUGAUAAUCAAUAAUACCAUUUAGCUUUUCUGUUCUGCAAAGCACUCCUUUUAUCUAACCUGAGUUAUUUCCUUGGCAAUACACUUUCAGAUUCCUACCUUUCAUCUCUGUACAGUCAGAGCAAAGAUCAUGUGUGUGACUCUAUCAGAGUUCAUGAAGGCAAGCCAGUGCUGAUGUUCAAGAACCCUUAAAUGGUAAUAUAUAAGAAGACCUGGGACCUACUUGUUUCUAUGUGUGUUGUGCCGUUUCAGUUGUGUCCUUUGAACUCAAAAUAUUCUAACAUUUGGAUAAAAUUUCACUACAUGCAUUAUAUUUUUGAGUUAAAUUUAUUAAUUUCCUGUGAAAAGAAGAAUACAAAAAAAAAAAAAAAAAAAAAAAAAAGAAAAAAAAAAGAAAAAAAAAGUAGUCCAUAUGACAUUUUUUAAAAUGUUGAUUUCCUCUAUUAACCUUAAAACUUGCAUUUGACCUAGAGGCUAGGGAAAUAGUGUUUCUUAGUCUUUAAUAAGCCUCACAUUGUCAUAACAGAUUUAUCAGUGUCUCAGGCAGGCUCAUUCUACCAGAUAAAUUUGUUUGUUUCUUUGACUCUCAAAGGCCAGCUCACUGGAAGACAAUUUGGAGACUGGCUAUUUCAAAGGCAUUAUACUGAUAGGAGCUGACUGCAGAGAGUAAUGGUUCUGAUCAGUACCAUCUCAGCAUCAGCUUCUGCUUUCGACAAAGCCUGUCUUGAUACCUGCUCCUGCUUCUGACAAAUCCUGUUUAGCCUCAGCCUACUGGAGGGCGUAAAACUUUGUAAGGUUUUUGAAAAUAUUAGUCUGAUUGUGUCAGCUUCUGAGGCAGCCCUGCUUCUAUUCCCCUUCUGGAUGUGCUUCAGGACCAGAUUAUUACAGAAACAAUCUUUUUUCAAGCAAAUACAAAUGAUAUACAGCAUCUAUCAUGAGAAAUCAUUUACUUUGUGGAAUUAUUUAGUAAUUCUUCAUAUUUUCUAGUUGUUUCCCCAAGGUGAAAGCUUCUUAAAUACAUAAUUCUUACAUUAAUAAAACCAAAUGUCCAUGAUGGCACCCUUAUCUUGCUGUGGUCUUUAAGCCAAUAAGAUUUUGGGGGAUAUACUGCAACCGAAGUAAUUUUGGCUGUCCCACAGAAGGCUGGACAAGGACAAGACCCUUCCCUACACAAGACCUGUACUCCAAGCUGCAUUCAAAGCAAGCCAGCCAGAGGAAAACACAGCUAUGUUUCCCAAGCCUGUCCAUUGCAAUAACAUGUUCAUCACACCCAACACUUGAUGAGUUUUCUUGCAACAGAAAAGCACUUUCUUGAGAAAAAUAACAGUGCUGGUGCCAUAAUAAUAUUUCCAGGCACUGCAAAUUCAUGGGAGUAUUUUACACCACUACUGUAGAAUACAGAAUAUUACAGAUUUUACUGUGGGAGCUUUUAAACAUCAAGUGCAUAUCCAAGCUGGCAGUACUUUAUUAUCUGUUACCCAUAAGCAUGGCUUUAUUGCUUUAUUUGUCAUAUGCCUCCAUAUUCUUCUUAUUUCAGGAACAGCAUUUUAAAAUGGAUAUUUUUCAAAGCAUACUAAUUAUCAAAAUAUUUUGUGUUUUACCCUAUUUUUUCCCACAGGAACAUAAGGAAGAGUUAGUGUAUUUUACAUUACAGUGCUUUUGCAGCAAGUUUGCUAGUGUCUGUGGGGAAAGUUUUGAUGAAAUUAAAUAGGUGGAAAAAAAUUUCAUGGAGUGUGCAAAUGAAACAGCCAGGAAUAAACCCAUUUAUGCAAGACUCAUGCUGAGAGUCUGAUGAGCUUUGACAAUUGGAAUAAAUUAUUUUGCCUGAAAGGAUAUCCCAGUUUAAAAGAUAGGACAGCAUUUAAUCUUUUGACAGUUUUCAUUUCUCAGAUGAAAAUACAAACCAAACCUUUAUGAAAUAGGCCAGGUAGUCUUGUCCAUACUACUUCAUAUUGCACACAACCAUAAUGCUUUCCUUUAAUAUGGUCUUUUUUCCAGCUUCUGCUGCAAGAAUUCAAUCAAUGGAAUUAUUUCUUCCCUGACCAAGCAGUAGGAUUGCUGUUGGGUGAGUGCACACAGGCCCUGGCUGGGGCGCAGCUCUGUGCACAGCCCAAGUCUGAAGGUUGCACAUAAGUGACACUGCAGCUAAACACAGUUCCCAGUAAGCAGAGGCAAGUGUCCUUUCCGCAGGUUUCCACUGCAAAUUUGGCAGAUUAUUUCCUCUAUUUUCUUACAUUCCUUUGCACCAAGUGACAGAGGACAAUAAAGUGUCUUUCUGUUGUGCCAAGGGCCUUUUGUUUAGAUAGGAUGUGGCUGAGGCAAAAAAUAUUAUCUUGCUAUAUGUGGUACAAUGCCUUAAGGCACUUAAUGCACACAAGUAGUAAUAAAAAAUAUUUUGGUCACUAUUAAUCAUAGAUUCAGUGGCAUAAAAUUUGUCUUCUCCCAGUCCUAACAUUUCUGGAAAUCAUCUGACUGAUUUCAAAUGCCUGAUCUUCCCCCUCAUCUACAUUGACUUUCCACUGUAGUUCUUUCUGAUUUAUUGUCAGAGGAGAAUCCACUGCAUGCAUGCAUGCAUUCUUUCAUUUAAUAUUACUUCUUUCUGAUAUCUAAAAAAGAUUCUUAAAAUAACCUCAUAGUUACUUACUUGGAUCCAAAUCCCCCAGAAGACUUUGCAGAGAAACAAAGGAAGAAGUUGUAGCUUUUAAAAUUAUAUAUUUAUCCAUUUGUAAUUUAAUAUGUGUAAGCAUCAAUAUCUAUAAUAUCUAUAUAUAUAUAAUGGCAUUCCUAGGACUAAGCCUUCUUGAAAGUGGUGUGUCAGUAUUUAAUAAAUUUCCCAGUAUUUUUGCCUUCCAUUAAUAUUAUUUUGUUUGGCAAGUAUUUGCAAAGUGCACCCAUAUCAAACCACAUAUUUUUCCAGUUCUCUGUAAAAUAAAUCAUCCCCUGCUAUGGCACAGAGGGAGCUAUGUGGGCCAUGGGAUAUUAAAUCAUGACAGAAUCAUAGAAUAUUCUGCGUUGGAAGGGACCCACAAAGAUCAUUGAGUCCAACUCCGGUCCCUACACAAGAUACCCCAAGAGUCACACCAUGUGCCCUGAGAGCGUUGUCCAAACCCUUCCUGAACUCUGUCAGGCUUGGUUCUGUGACCACUUUCCUGGGGAACUGUUCCAGUGCACAGAGGAAACUUUUCUUGGUAUCCAAUGUAAACCUCCCCCGACUCAGCUUCAGGCCAUUCUCUUGGGCCCUGUCACUGGUCACUAGAAAGAAGAGAUCAGUGCCUGCCCCUCCUCUUCUCCUCACAAGAAAGCUGAGUCUGCAGUGAGGUCUGCCCUCAGCCUCCUCUCUUCCAGGCUGAACAGACCAAGUGACCUCAGCCACUCCUCAUAUGGCUUACCCAUCAAGGCCUUUCACCAUCCUCAUGAUCUCCUUUGGACUUUAUUUGGACCUCAUUUGGACCUUCUGUGGACAUCAUUAGAGAGUGUCCAACUCCUUUGGACACUCUCUAAUAAUGGUAUUUUAUAUUGUGGUGCCCCAAACUGCCCCUAGCACUCAAGGUGAGGCUGCCCCAGUGCAGAGCAAAGCAGGAAAAUCUCCUCCCUUGCCCGGCUGGUGAUGCUGUGCCUGAUGAACCCCAGGACAGGGUUGGCCCUCCUGGAUGUCAGGGCACAAUGACUCAUGUUCAACUUGACAUUGACCAGGACAUCCAUGUCACUUACUGCAGCACUGCUUUCCAGCAUUUUGUUCUAUCUUUCAUUGUCUACACACACAACCAGAGUUGCCCUCUCCCAGAUGCAGAAUUCAGCACUUGCCCUUGUUAAACUUCACAGAGUUGGUGAUUGCCCAUCUCUCUCAUUUUUCAAUGGCUCUUUGCAAGGCCUCUCUGUCCUCAGGGGAGUUAACAGCUCCUCCCAGUUUAGUGUCCUGAACUUACUUUAUUAGUAUUAGUAUUAGUAUUAGUAUUAGUAUUAGUAUUAGUAUUAGUAUUAGUAUUAGUAUUAGUAUUAGCAUUAGUAUUUCUUUGAGUUCUGUGUCCAAUUUGUUAAUUACCAUGUUCAAGAGAGCUGAGCUUAGAGUGGAGCCCUGCAGAGCCCCUCUAGUGACAAGUGGCCAGCCUGAUGUCACCUCAUUCCCUGUAACUCUUUGUGCCUGACCCAUGAGCCAGUUGCUCACCCCUCACAUGAUGUCUUUAUCCAGCUGGGUGUUGGGUGUUUUGUCCAGAAGGAUCCUGUGAGAGACAGUAUUAAAACCUCUGUUGAAGUCCAAAAGAUUACAUCAACUGGCUUCCCUUCAUCACUUAGGUGAUCAUCACCUUCAUCACAAGCAAGACUUCCCUGUCAUGAAGCCAUUCUAGCUGUAACUGAUGACUGCCUUGUCCUACAGAUGUUUCUUCAAUCCUUCCCAAAAUAGUAUUUUCCAGGGUUUUGGCAGACACUGGAGUCACAUACUGGAGUACCUCCUUCAAUAACAAAUUCAAAGCAAGUGUUGUCACAUAGAAUGUACAAUAAGAACUUUCCUUUAAAUAGAAAGUGUGAUUAGUUGUUAUCCAGUAUUUUAUUAGCUCACCAGUGCUAGUAAUGAUCAACAGUAAUUGAUAGGUAUAUUAAGUGAAUGACUACUAAAUUAAUUAAUAAAAAGGAUACAGUAAAAUAUGGAUAUGUUUCUGGGGAUUUGUUAGCUAAAUCCUUGGGGUGGGAGGUUCUUGUCAGGCAAUGCUAUCUGUCACUUAAAGGAUGCUGUCCAAAAGCAGUGCAGAUAGAAUCACCUGGGGACGGUUCAUACACAGAAGUUAGGUGGGUGCCACACAUCUGUCUGACCCAUGGAUUGCUUAGUACUGGGUUGUCUUUCAUGGUUGACAUUCAGAAGGAAAAGAUCGUGGGACCCAUGAAGGAUGGUAUUUUCAAUCUAUUUAACUUCACUGUCAUUUCAUGGAGUAUUACUGUAAUUGAUUAUUCAUAUGUAUCACACAAUCGUUUGUCAAUAACACCAAAUUGUCUGUUCAUCUAAUGAGGCACUGAAUUGAGAUGAGCUAUAAUUAAUAAAAUUGCAAAAUAAUCAGAUGAUGAAUGGAGAAAAUUCCAUUCUGAAGCAUAACAUUUUUUUCAGCAGACUUUUAUAUGCAGUGCUGCAAGAAGCAAGCAAAGAAGCAGUAUUGCAAUCUGCUAUCUUUUUCAACAGUAGUGCUCAGAGUGCUGGUGUGAUCUGUGAUUUCUCUUAACUGCCUCAAGUAACUGAAGCUUCUUGCUGUGAAAAAAAUCUGAAUUAUUCCUACCAUUCUAGUAUGAAAACAGUAAGAACUGGAUGAUUCUGGAUACACGUUUGAGGAGAGAAGUUUCUGAUCUCUUUAUGUGUCUCUUGCUUUUUCUAAAGGCCUUGUGUGUUUUGUGUAAGCUCAUUUCAUUGCCUUUGACGUUUAUUUGCUACAGCUGACCAACCUCUAAAAUUAAGGUCCUAUUUUGUUCGUGCCACUAAAACCACAGGGAGCCCAGCAGAAUAAAGGCAAAUGUUGCUGAGGGUUCUCCUGCAGAAAAUGCCUUUCUGUGCUCUUAAUGUCAGAUACUAUCAGCAAAGGGAUUUUUGUAGUUUCAGUUAUAGAAAGUGAAUUCAUUACUUCACAUCAGAAGAUCUGCUUUAUUUAACAGCAAGGCAUUAAUGCUAUUUUCACAGUAGCUACAGCUGGUACUGACAGAUCAGGUACAGCCAUGAUUUGGGAGAGAGGAUGUAUCCCUGUCGUUUCCUCACAUAUUCCUAGCUGUGGCAUAAAUUGUCUCGCUGCCCAUGUUUUCCUUUGUAGCUUGUUUAGACUUAUGACAGUCUAAAUGUUAAUUUCCAAGUUCUUGUUGUUAACAACCAUUUUUGAACUGCCCUUGAGACCCCACCAGCUCAUCUCUUUCUUUUGGAGGCUUCAUGCAUUCCUUCAUUCGUUGUGCUGUGUAUGUGUCCCUGUAGUGAAAGGAAGCCAGAAAUUCAGAAUUGAUCAGAACCCAGCCACGUGUGCACCUCACCUCCAUGCAUGUGUGUCUUUAAGGGCAAUGCAAUUAGCAAGGAGCAAGGUCAGUCUCAGGUUAAAUGGCAACUCCACAGACCACAAUAAUGACUAGCAGUUUAUAUGUAUAAGAUAAUAGUGCAACACCAAGGAAGUUUUAGUAAAGACACCCAAGCACUGUUUAGGUUUUUCUUUAGUGUCACAAAUUCUAUAAGCAGAAACUUUUCUACUAUAAGCUCACCUAUUAAACCUAUAUUAUAAACAUUUGUGCAGUUAGCAGAAUGUUACGUUUUGCAUAUUUACUAUGAAGUAGAUGUAUUACAAGUCCAAAGUAUGAAAUUAAGUGCCUCAUAAGAAUUUUUAGUUUUCUCUUACAUUUCUGUUUUUGAGGUUUUUUUCCCUAUUGUAAAAGCUUGCCAUUAACACCACAUUCUUGCAACUAAUCUCUGGGAAGAUACGCCAAUGCAGAGGUGAAAGUAAAAAUAUCUGUGCUGUGAACUAGUUCUGGGACUGAGCAACUGAAGCGGUUUUUCAGAACUAAAAAUAAACUUCUGUUGAGCACAACUCUGUAUAUUUCCAUGCUAAUUUGAGCAAGCUGUUUCUUGACAAAAAAAAAAAAAAUUAAAAUUAUGGAUGCCAAACAGGUAAAUGGUGAACCCAAAAGAAAUUUCUGUUGUGGAAAGAUCAUAAUGAUAAGGAUGAGAGAGAUGAUGUAUCAAAUCACAUAAAUCCUUUUAAUCUUACAUGCUAUUUCUGAUGUGGUUUUUAGAAGUAUAGUGUAAAAUGUCUGCAAUGGGUAAUUGAACAAAAUGAAAACUUUUGGAUAUUUCCUGAAGAAAGGAAUUAUUAUUUUAUCUCAUGCAAUUCUACCUAUUCCUCCAACUUAAUUUAUUUUUAAUGUUACUAAGUGCUU